AUGAACAGACAAGUCUGCAAGACAGCUGGUGGCGGCAGCCAGGGCUUCUCCGGACGCUCCGCUGUGGUCUCCAGCAGCAGCCGGAUGAGCUGUGUGGCCCGCUCCGGGGGAGCCGGCGGAGGGGCCUGUGGGUUCCGGGGUGGAGCGGGCGGCUUUGGCAGUCGCAGCCUCUACAGCCUGGGUGGCAACAAGAGCAUCUCCAUCAGCGUGGCUGGUGGCUCCCGGGCUGGUGGCUUUGGGGGAGGGCGUGGCAGCUGUGGCAGUGGCUUUGGGGGUGGCUAUGGAGGUGGCUUUGGUGGUGGCAGAGGAAUGGGAGGUGGCUUUGGAGGAGCUGGUGGCUUUGGAGGAGCUGGUGGCUUUGGAGGGGCUGGGGGCUUUGGUGGAGCUGGUGGCUUUGGAGGGGCUGGGGGCUUUGGUGGAGCUGGUGGCUUUGGUGGAGCUGGUGGCUUUGGAGGGGCUGGUGGCUUUGGUCCUGGUGGUUUCCCCGGGGGAAUCCAGGAAGUGACUGUCAACCAGAGCCUCCUGCAGCCCCUCAGUGUGGAGAUCGACCCCCAGAUUGGGCAAGUAAAGACCGAGGAGCAGGAGCAGAUCAAGACCCUCAACAACAAGUUUGCCUCCUUCAUCGACAAGGUGCGGUUCCUGGAACAGCAGAACAAAGUCCUGGAGACCAAGUGGGAGCUGCUCCAGCAGCAGACCACAGGAUCUGGCUCAGGACCCAACAACUUGGAGCCUUUCUUUGAAUCCUACAUUAGCUUCCUGCGCAGGCAGUUGGAUUUGGCUCUGGGGGAGAGAAGGAACCUGGAAGGAGAGCUGAAGAGCAUGCAGGACCUUGUGGAAGACUUCAAAAAGAAGUAUGAAGAUGAGAUUAACAAGCGCAAUGCAGCUGAGAAUGAGUUUGUGGGGCUCAAGAAGGACGUGGAUGCAGCAUACAUGGACAAGGUGGAGCUGCAGGCCAAGGUGGACAGCCUGACAGAUGAACUGAAUUUCUUGAGGACCCUCUAUGAGAUGGAGCUGUCUCAGAUGCAGAGUCAUGUCAGUGAUAUGUCUGUGGUCCUAUCCAUGGACAACAACCGCUACCUGGACCUGGACAGCAUCAUUGCCGAGGUCAAGGCCCAGUAUGAGGACAUCACCCAGAGGAGCAAGGCAGAAGCUGAGGCAUUGUACCAGACCAAGCUUGGGGAACUGCAGACCACUGCUGGCAGGCAUGGGGAUGACCUGAAGAACACUAAGAAUGAGAUCAUGGAGCUCAACAGGGUGAUCCAGAGGCUGCGAGCCGAGAUUGAGAAUGUUAAGAAGCAGAAUGCAAACCUGCAGGCGACCAUUGCUGAAGCUGAGCAGCGUGGGGAGAUGGCCCUCAAGGAUGCCAAUGCCAAGCUCCAAGGUUUGCAGACUGCUCUACAGAAGGCCAAGGAUGACCUGGCCCGGCUGCUGAAAGAGUACCAGGAGUUGAUGAGCGUGAAGCUGGCCCUGGACAUGGAAAUUGCCACCUAUCACAAGCUGCUGGAGGGCGAGGAGUGCAGGAUGUCCGGAGAGUGUCAGAGCGCUGUGAGCAUUUCGGUGGUCAGCAAUGUCACCAGGACAAGCAGCGGCUCUGGGGGAAGCCGUGGAGGGGUCGUCGGCGGUGGCAGCAGUAGCGGUGGCUACAGGGGUGGCAGUGGUGCCCACGGAGGGGUCAGCAGCAGCAGCAGCACCAGCAGCAGCUACGGGGUCAGCAGCGGCAGCAGUGGGGGCAGGCUCAGCAGCCGAGGCAGCAGCUCUGUGAAUCAGAGUGGAAUUGGCUCCAGCUCUGGCGGCAUCCAGACCUCGGGAGGCAGCAGCUAUAAGUCUGGCAGUGGAGGCAGCACCAGCAUCCGCUUCUCCUAGACCACCAGCUCGAGCCAGCUCUGCUCCAAGUGAUCCUCUGAGGUUAAGUGUCCAUGCCCAGCUGCAUCCCUCUCAGCCUGCCCACAGCACUUCCCACUCUGCUUGGCAUUGACAAAUGCCAACCUCAACCUUGCUUUUCUUCAAGUUCCCUGGAAAAGGGGCUGAACUUCUUGGCUCCUCCAUCCCCAAGAUCUCUCCUAGGCCAGGGAGGUCCAGCUGCUUAUCCCAGAUGAUGAUGCCCCUGACGAUGGUAGCAAUACCUGAGCCCAAAGUACUGUGGGCCUUCCCAGCCUGGCCUGUUCCCACCCUGGCCCAUCUCCCUCUCUCACUGGGAGCUGAUAGUCUGAAGCAGGUAUGUUUCAGCCCCGCUG